CUAUAUCUGUAUUUUGUGAUCACUGAUCAGCUAAUUCUCGAAAAGGUCGAGAGUAUUUUGUAAAAUCUGAUUCUGUGUUUUAAAUAUUAAUGGUCAAUAGGUAAAUGUGGAAAAAGUAAAUCGAUUUGAAGUCCCAGAGAAAAUUAUUUCUAAAGAUGUCUCUUAAUACAGCUCAUGCUGAUCAUGGUGUACUCAUACACGCCGGAGAAUGUAUCAUAUUGUUUUCUGACAAUGUGACCUUGGAAUUGUAUGGCAAUGACACCCCACAGUUCAAAGGUCCCAAAAAUGGACGUAUGUACCUUACAACGCACAGAAUGAUAUAUAACUCUAAAACUAACACUGAUGCAGUGAGAUCUUUUAGUUUCCCAUUUGUUGCAUUGCAAGAUGUAACAGUAGAACAACCAAUGUUUAGUGCAAAUUUCAUCAAGGGAAAAAUACAUGCUCAACCAAAUGGAAAUUUUAUUGGUGAAGUGAAGUUUAAGAUCACAUUUAAAUCUGGUGGUGCAAUUGAAUUUGGAACAGCAAUGCUCAAAGCUGCACAUUUGGCAUCCCGUCACUCCAACCCGAAUGCGCCCCCGCCGCCCUACACUCCACCCAGUGGGCCAUGGUACGCAGCUGCGCCGCCCGCUUACGCCCCACCACCACAAGGUUACUAUGGCUGGGUCCCGCCUUACUCUGCGUUUCCCGACCAACCAGCACCGAACUCUGUAUUUGUAUCAAACAGUCCCCCUCCAUACCCUGGCGUGAUGGGUGCUGCUUACCCGCCAGGUACCGGAUUCUCGGGCAGUGAUGCAACAGGUGGGUCCGGAUAUCCCAACGCACCACCAAGUUACCCGGGUAACGCAAAUCCGCCCGGAUAUCCGGGUAACAAUCCACCCGCGGCAGGUUUUGCAGGAGGUUUUGUCCCUUCACCUGGAAUGUCUUCAAGUGAAGCUAAAGCCGCUGAAGCUGCGCAAAGCGCUUAUUAUGAUCCCAACAGACCGCAAACAGCCUAUGUUCCACCUCCAUAUAAUGAUCAACCCCCGACCUAUCAGGAAUCAACGUCGAAAAAAGAGAACUAAAGCACUGUCCACAUUUUCACAUGAAUGAACCACGACACCAAAUAUUCGCACACAAUCCAGAGAAAAAACAUCAUUAAAAUUUUGGCCCUAUAUAUCAUAAAUUUACUCCAAAAUAUUGCUUUGAAAAAGAUGAGACCCCAUUUUGAACAUAAUGCUUGUGUACUCUAUAACUAUGACGGAUUACUUGUAUCCAUGGUCAUGUAAUAAAUUAAUUUAAAAAAAGAACCCCUUAUACACAAAGACUAAAUCAAUUGUAUUACACUUUUUAACUAACACAUUAAUGUCCUAUUUCCAUUACAGUAUAAACAUAAAUCAACAGGCCCUAUACAUGCUAAAAGUAGUGUAACAUGAUUUAGUAUUUAUUCAUAAAGGAGAUAAAAAUGAUCUUUUUUGGCCAAAUUCACUGAUGUUUUAACAAUAAUGGUUAUUGUUAUUGAAUAUGUCACUAUUGAAAACGGAUUGAAUGCAUCCUUAUAAUCUGCCCUAUAUACUUGUGAUGUAAUUGGUAUUCGAAGGCUAAUACUAUAAUUAAUUUUAACCUUCUACAUUAAAAGAAGGUAUUUUUGUUAAACUGCGUUGUUAUGAUAUUUAAAUAGCUUUACAUUCCUAAAAAUUUCAAUAAAUAUGGCUGUGUAAGAUCUCCAAAUAUUAUUAAUGAAGGGAAACCUUCAAUUAUUGGCCAUAAUGCAUAUAAACAAGUAAUAUAUAUUGCCUUAUAAUUGUACAAUGAUUAUAAAAGAUAUUUAAUUCAUAAAUUCUAUUGUAUAAGAUUAUAGAUGUUUUAAUAAAUGUAUUAUUAUGAUU